UGGUCGUGUAUUUUUAACCUUAUAUUCAUCACUAAGCCGUAAAUAUGCAGCCACUGAGCGCCAUUGGUCGCCUGUUUUGUGUUUUCCGCCGUCGACCGUGUAAAAACGGGCAUCUUUUUGCACAGAUAAGAAACAUCCACGCGGCAGCAGGACCGUUUUGUGAGGCUCAGUCAAGGUCAGUGAUGCUUCACCAUCAGGACCAACCUCUGAACUCGGCCUAUGGAGGCAAAGGAGGCUCCAACAAUGGCUCCUCCAACAAUGGCUCCUCCUCCUCGCUGCGAAACAGGAAGUGUGACAAAGAUGGCAACUUCAACUUCCUGCCAGGCAAAGAUAACGAGGGCUUCACAGGCAACGGAGGAGGAGACGAGAACCAAAACCAGGUGCGCCCCCGCAACUUGGGCCCACUGGGUCGCGACCCUCCCAACUCCUCCUCGUCUUCUGGGUAUCACCACAACUCAGGGGUCCUGUCACCGCGCUCCCGCAGGCCCUGCUGGAGCCCCCUGGAGCCCCUGCCUGAAAUUGAGAACGGGGAUGACGGUUAUGGCCGAGUGCCUCCCGAUGGAGCGGAGGAAGGUAGGAUGCAGGAAGAGGAGAGAAGGGUGAUGAUGAGCCAGAAUGAGGAGAAGCAGAGAGAGAAAAGGGAGUUGCAGAAGAGGAAAAGCAGCGUGGGUUUCAAAGGAAUGGAGAAAGAGGAAGACAAGGGGGAGCUGGAAGACAACGAUGAAUGGGGCGACAGCGACUCUGAGUCUGAGUUCAGCGGCCGGUCUGGUGGCAGCAUGUCCUCCCUCAACAUGGACAGUGGCGGCGAAGGGAUGCUCAUGGGAGGCUGGGACCGCAUCGGAGUUGGGGAACCAAAAUCCAACCACCAGGAAAAUGACCCAACCAGAAACGGCAACAGAGAACCUACUGGGAAAAACAAAAGCUUCAGUCACAAGUCGCUGACAGGAAGCAACCUGGGAAAUGUUCUUGAGGAAGGAGCAGAAGAGCAAGACGACAACGAUCAGUCUUCAGACUCGGACGGCGAGAUACCAGAGCUGAUGGAUGCGGUGUGGACGCUGCGAGACCGCGAGCGCUUCAAGGCCCAGGAGAUGGAGAAGCACCAGGUGCAGCUGACCAUGUACCGCCGCCUGGCGCUGAUCCGCUGGGUCCGCACCCUGCAGAGCCGCAUCCAGGAGCAGCAGAACCGCCUGCAGUCCAGCUUUGACAUCAUCCUCACACAGAGGAAAGAAUUGCUGCGCAUGGGCGCCGCUGCUGCCGUGGCCAACGCCGCGUCCGCUACUGCUGUCAGCCAGUCAUAAAGAGAGAGAGAUGGGAGGAACUAAAACAGGAAGGUGUUAAACACGUUUUUGUUCCGUUUGCUUCUAUGCUGAAGACAUUCCCCCUGGGGGAAAAAAAGACAAUCCCCCAUCAUCCUGUCUGACAUUUCUAAGCUUCAGACUCAUGUUGUUGAUUGUAAUGACAAAACCCUGUGUUUGUGUUGAUUUUCUUUACUGAUGGCCCACACAGAGCAUCAAUAAAUGUAUCUGACUCAUCUUCAGUCAACUGAACACUGAACUUUAAUCCCUGUAUCUACGUCAAACCAAAAAUGUUUUCUGGUCAAAUAUGAUGAGCACAUUGUUGUGAGAUUAAUAUAAAAAAUAUUUUGUGUGUGUUUGCUGUUCUUGUUUGUCUUUACCUGUGCGUAGAAAAACACCUGCUGUACCAAAAAGGUAUUGGAGAAUAUAAUGUAUAUUUAACAUUGUUAGAGAUGAUUUAUACCCUGAGAUCAUGCUGUAAAUAUAGAGAGAUAAAUUAAGAGAGUAAAUUAAAAGAAUAAAUAAAA